CCGACGCCUGCAGCUGCUCCCCGGUGCACCCGCAACAGGCAUUUUGCAAUGCAGACGUAGUGAUUCGGGCCAAAGCGGUCAGCGAGAAGGAGGUGGACUCCGGGAACGACAUCUACGGCAACCCCAUCAAGCGCAUCCAGUAUGAGGUCAAGCAGAUAAAGAUGUUCAAGGGACCCGACAAGGACAUCGAGUUUAUCUACACGGCGCCCUCCUCUGCCGUGUGCGGGGUCUCGCUGGACGUCGGAGGAAAGAAGGAGUAUCUCAUUGCAGGAAAGGCCGAGGGCAAUGGCAAAAUGCACAUCACCCUCUGCGACUUCAUCGUGCCCUGGGACACCCUGAGCACCACCCAGAAGAAGAGCCUGAACCACAGGUACCAGAUGGGCUGCGAGUGCAAGAUCACGCGCUGCCCCAUGAUCCCCUGCUACAUCUCCGCCCCGGAUGAGUGCCUCUGGAUGGACUGGGUCACGGAGAAGAACAUCAAUGGGCACCAGGCCAAGUUCUUCUCCUGCAUCAAGAGAAGCGACGGGUCCUGUGCGUGGUACCGCGGGGCGGCACCCCCCAAGCAGGAGUUUCUCGACAUCGAGGACCCGUAAGCGGGCCGCCAGCACCCCGCGGCCUGUCAGAAGCCUCCCAGAGUCUAGACUGGUCCAGCUCCGACAUCCCUUCCUGGAAACAGCAUGAAUAAAGCAGUCAUCCAAGUGGGUCUAAAUCAGUGUGAUUCUCCUCCCCGCCCCUGUUUUCCUCUUGAACACGGUUGUGGGUCUGCAGGCAGAGGUGGGGCCCAUGCCCCGUCCGCCAGCCUGGGCACCGUGCGUCUCGAUCUCCCAUCCUUGGGUGUGGGCGGGGUGGGAUGCACGGGCUCCCCUCCCAGGCCCGGCCUUGGCACUGUCACAGACGCUGAGCAGACAGCACUUAGGGGUCCUCUGGCCUGGCAGGGCAGUGCCUGGGAAUGUGCAUUUUGCAGAAACUUUUGAGGGUCGUUGCAACACUGUGUAGCAGGCCUACCAGGUCCCUUUCAUCUUGAGAGGGGCGUGUCCCUCGGUUCCUGCAGCUGCCACACCUCUGGCCCAUAGGGUGGCGACCCCUGCCCCCCCCGUCUCCCCUGUGUCCACCCCGGACUCCCAGCACCUGUGACUUGUGUGUGCCCAGGAGCAGCCUAGACCAGUGGCUUGCUCUUGAAGGAGCCCCAAUUAAUCGUAUUAAUCUGCAGAGUUCCAGUGGGAGCCUCCCUCCCGGGCCUCACAGAGAAGUGCAAGCGACAAGCUUUAGCUCCAGCGAAGUCCUUCUAAUCGCACCCCCGACCCCUGGCCCUUGGGGGACUCUGAGACGUUCUCCCCCGGGGCAGGCGCGUGAGGGUGCACGCGGCUGACGAGCUUCUGAGAGCCCUCUCGCUCCCUCCUCUUUCUGACCUCGGGCAUCGAGGUCGGGGAGCUUCGCUCGGGACUGGGUGGGGCCAGGGCACGAGCUGGGUCCUGCUCUGCCCCCCACACACCUCCCAGCCCCCCAGGCAGGUACCAGAGGUUAUAAUAUGACCUCCCUCCAGGACUGGCAGUCACUCUGCCACACAGGGGUUUCCGGGAGUGAAGGUAGCUAAGCAGAGAAUGAAGUCCUCCCGAGGGAAGGACGAAUUUUGGAGGGAGGUGGCGUCAGUAAAACCCGCAUUGCUUUCUGGGCCUCCAGGACACUGUGGCCGGCUUUACGAGACUUCUCAUCCUUUUAAAGAUGAAUUCUCAGAUAAUAUGUGAACCCAAAUUGCAGGUGUCCCCACCUCUGCUUCUAUUUCUCAUGUUACAAAGAUCUCUCAGUUAAGAAACUCCAUAGGGAAUCUAUCUGUUCCCUAAAGAUGGUUUUCUGAUACCAGUUAACAUAGGCAGGAAUUUCUCAAUAACAGUAAAGAUAAUCUCCUUUUUCCUCCCAAGAUAAACUGUUCUGAGUUUAUCAUGAAUGUUAUGCAAACAUACACCUAUAUGCCCAUGCGUGUGUGCGCACACACAGUGAAACUGAAGUCUGUCGGCCUGGGAGUGGUCCUGCGGAAUUCUUCCAAAGUUCAUCUUCUAAGCCUGUUCUCUUCUGCAGUGAGCCCAAAGCACCUCUAAGACUCCUGACCCCCAAGUGGCGUGCAGCCCCCAUGCCCACCCGGGACCUGGUCAGCACAGACUUUGAUGACUCCCUUUCUAGGGCAGACUAGGAGAAGAUCCGAGAAUCCGCCCCGCUCCGAGGGCCGCCUUCAUGCUGUACAGUGAUAGGAAGUUUGUAAGAUGUCCUAAUGGACCAGUCCGUGUGAUUUCCGUGUAUUCAAGAACACCAGACCCUCCGAUCAAUAUAACAGCCACCCCUGUCUGCCUCCUGUACGGUGUUAUCCGAUGUAACAUUUACUCCUGUUUCUGCUGAUUUUUUUUUUUAAUGUUUCGGUUUCUGACAUCCGUUGUAAUCAUUCCUGUGCUGUGUUUUUUACUACCCUUGGUAGGGGUUGGACGCGCACCUUUUUUUUCUCAAAGGUUUCUGCAUCGUGGAAGCGCUGGACCCAAAGUGCACACGACAUGGUAGCUCGCCUGUGACGGUGGUUCCUCCAGAGCUUUUCCGUUCCUCGAGUAGCGUUGCUUCUCUGCCUCCCAUCUUUUGUUUUCUGCUUCCAGUUGUUACAAAGCAAAGGAUCUUUCAGUAGGUUUGGUUCUAAGAGAUGGCCUUUAUAUAUUCAGUCUAAGCACUUUGGUCUUGUAGCCAUGAUGAGCAGGAAAGAAAGAAAACAAAACAAGAUGAGGUGGCCGAGAGAAGCCACUCAGAUACCGUCAACAGUGAUUAAGUGCCGUAUAUAUAUAGUUCAAGAAGGCUCUCCAUUUGGCGUUAAUUUAUGUUAUAUUCUAAGCUCUGCUCUUUCCUCCUGCUAGUCUUGUCUUCAUGCCAGCAACUCGAAAUAUUUAAAAUAAAGUUUACAUUGUAGUUAUUUCCAAAUCUUUGCUUGAUUAAGUAUUAAGAAAUACCGGACUCGCCGCCGUAAUUUAAAGCUUUGUUGAUUUUGUUUCUGUUGGGAAUUUUUUGUUUGUGUGUUUGUGUUUUAAAUUUUGGGGGCCAUGUGUUUUUGCUGGAAUAUAAAGUCCGAGACCUUCCUGUGCCGGGAACACGUGAGAGUUGUAGAAAGUCGACAAGCAGACAGCACAUGCCCCCGAUGCCUUGUAUCGUUCGUGCGCGCUCGCUCGGUCCGUGGACAAUAAACAGUAUUAUCAGCGAGAA